AUGCACAACGAUGUUCUAUUGGCGCUUGAGGUCGCGGCCAGGAGACGUCACCGAUCUACACUAGCACGGGAUAAAGCCCAGAAGCAUGUAUUAAAUGCACACGCUUACCAUCGCAUGCAGAAACAGCUAAAUAAGACGACAUUUCUUGCGCCAAUUGAUGCAGAUACUACGAAAGCGAACAUCUACUACAUUAAGAAGAAGUUCGCCAGGUUCUGCGAUGAAAAGCAGCAUGGCAGUUGGAAGAAAGCCAUUAGUUGGAAAUACUGUGAUAAAGGCUUCAUAAUGGUGUUUUUAUUCUGGAUUUGUGAAACAUAUCUACAACGCAGGCGAAAAGUGUCCAAGAGAAAAACAGUCAACCAGUAUUGGCGGGAUCUAAAGAUGCUUUAUCGACGAUCCAACAACGGCAAAGAGAUCAAUGCAAAUGAUUGUGAAGAAUACAUUAAUAGGAAAUUAACCGAGAAGUUUAAGUUAGAUAACCAGCCUGGUUCCAAGCCAGUUCUGGGAGCUAAUGACCUCCUUCUUGGCUUGACCCAUCACUGGUGUCGUGAUAAAAGCGUGUUUCCAACCGAAGAUGAUCGUCUUGACCUAUCUACAAUUAUGCUUUUCCAAUCUUACACGGCGUGCCGACCAGCUGAGCUUGUUGAUGGUACCAAAUCCAGAGGAAAAGGUGAUCCAAUGCUGGACGAGUCAGAUGAUGAGGAUCCAGAGAUAAUGCAACCCAUAGAGGACGAGCCUGAGUCAUCAGACGACGAUUCGGAUCUGGGAUCGAGCCAAUCUAUAUUUGAUGAGAGUGACGAUUGGGAUAGCGACAGCACAAGCGAUGCCGAAUACUACGAUACACAGCAAGAUGAAAAUGAGCACAACAAUGACCCCAGCAGCAAAAGAAUUGAGAUUGUGGAAGUAGACUCCAUUUUCCCUAGUAAGGGCAUUAGUGGUAUAGAGGAAGAUAGCGAACUAGUUCGAGAACACAAAGUUCUAUGUUACGAGGACAUAGUGCUUUGGAUAGUUCAGGACCCCAAUCAUGGAGGACGAGAUGUCUUGGCUAUAGAGGUAUUCCUCCUUUAUCACAAAGGAGCUGAUAGAAAGCCAAAGCCGUAUAUUGAUCCUCUUUACUGUGCACUCUACUGA